CAAAGAACAAUUGCUGAGUUACGAUGUCAGUUUAAUGAAUUAAAUAGACAGACAAAUCAAAUAGAAAAUGAAGAUGCUAGACAACAAAGAGAUUCGCAAAUUGUAAAAAAGAAAGACUCAGCAAUGAAAAGUUUUUUUUCUUCAAUUAAACAGCAGGAUAAAUCUAAUGAACAAACCGAAUUUGACAAAUAUCUUCUGCUUCCUAGAAUAGAUCAAACAGAAGAAAAUGAUCUAUUAUAUUGGUGGAAGCAACAAAAAUCUAAUUUUCUGAUUCUUUGCACACUUGCAAAAAA